AUGGAUUCCCUGGAAGCUUACUGGACCUAUUUAGUGAGCUGCUCUCAGUCCUUAAUACAGGAUCAUGGCUACUGGACAUCAGAGGGUCAGAAAGACAGGAGUCUUCAAGACAUUGUAAUGGUCAAACUGAGCCGCUUGCUUUUGAAGAAUCUCGAUCAGAUCGGAUCAUGCAGAUCACUUAGGAUUUGCAUAUUGGCUGACAACUUCCUGACCAGGAUUGAAGCUGUGAUGGAGUGCACACGCUUGGUUAAAUUAGAUCUGAAAGGAAAUCAGAUUGUCCAGCUCCCUGACGCUUCAUGUUGGAGUCAUCUCAAAGAAUUACAACUCCUUUAUCUCCACGACAACAACAUGGCAAGCUGGAAUAAUAUUAAUGGCUUGUCUGGCUGUUUAAACCUGACCGCAUUAACUCUCUUUGAUAGUCCGCUCAGUUUAAAGAAGAACUACAGGCACUGCGUGGUCAACAACAUAUUGUCACUGAAGGCCCUGGACAACUAUGUUAUCUCAGACGAGGAAAUCAUCCAGAACUGGUCUCUUCCCUUUCAAUUUAAAGCAAUGAAACCACACUUUCAUGUCAAUCUGUAUGCAUCAAAGCAGGACUCAUUUGAGACACAGAUGAAAGCCGUGUAUAAGGUAUUCGCUGAGAUCAACAGGAUUCAGGCUUUUUAUUGCCCUACACUUAUCAUACAGCGCUGGAUUCGGGGCCAUUUAAUUAGAAAACGUCUUGGUCUUUGUAGUACAAAGAAGGAAGGGCCUGAGAAAUCAAUCAUUUCCACCCGAAAUGUAAGUGCAGAAACGAAGCAGGCAUCAAAACGAUCUCCGAAAGUCAUGGAAGAGAUCACCAGUUACCCCAGUCAGCUGUCAAAGGAACUGCAGAAGACAGAUGUGCAGACCAAAACGCUGCACGUAAACUUAAAUAGACUGAUGCAAGCUGGCGACCCAGAGGUUUCAUGUAAGGCUACACAUGCUAAUUCAUAUAACAGCCAGCUUGACAAGACUCCACCAUACAACACCCCUCAACAAAGUUUGAAAUCUCAAGUCUACCUUAACACAUGUGACCAAGCUGCCAGUGUGACUGCUGAUGAAGAAGUUGAGGAAAGAACAUUUCAUGUUUUGGGAAUGAAGGUCCACCAGACUAUACCACCGAGUGCCACAAUACAACACCGUAAAGCUGUGGCACAGGACAUCCGUGAGACCAUCAUCCACCUCCACACCCAGAGGCCUGGACCGCCCACUAUACCACAGCCUCACUCACCUGCCAUUACUUCAGCAAAGUAUCUGAUUAAUCGCUGCCAUGAAAGCAUCAGCUUUACCCCAUUUGAACUCAUUGAAAAGGGCCGUCGAGCACAUGAGAAGGCUGAGAUGCUGAGGCACCUUGCCGAGAAGGUAACCGAGCGGCAGAUUGACCGUGAGGUUGCCAAGGGUCACCGAAAUGAGCUUAUGGCGGCUCGGAGGACAGAAGCACGCCUCCGCCAGGACCAGGACCGGGCGGACAUGGCGAAAGCUCUUACUUUACAGAGAGCCAGGAGGGACCAGGACGUCCAGCAGGCACGUCAUAAACACACCCAGUUCUUGGAGGAGAAGAGGCAGAGGAUCCAAGAGCAGGAGAUGGUUUGCAGCUUCAGCAGACAGCACAACUCACUAGCCAGGGUUGUUUUUAGAUACAACACAUGGAAACCACCAAUAGAAGGAUGA